GUGCAUAGAGUCAGACUGUUUCCAGUUCAGCAUCAUGCUACAAGAUAAGCCUUGUACAAGAAGAGGAAUACUUUCUACUGUGAGCUCUAUCUUUGAUCCUAUUGGCUUUGUCGCUCCACUCUUGUUAGACGGGAAAUCGAUUCUUCAAGAGUUAUGUCAUCUUCAGUUAGGCUGGGACGACCCGAUACCGGACGAUGUUAAGAUGAGAUGGGACAAAUGGAGAGGAGAGCUAGUAAGCCUUCAACGUAUCUCAAUUCCAAGGUGCUACAAGCCCAAGGACUUUGGUGAAGUCGUAACCGCAGAACUUCAUCAUUUCUCAGACGCAAGUAUCAAGGGAUACGGUCAGUGCAGCUACCUGCGAUUGACGGAUGAGCACCAAAGAAUCCAUUGCUCUUUCGUUAUGGGAAAAUCACGAGUAGCGCCAAUAAAACAAGUAACCAUUCCUAGAUUGGAGCUUACAGCCGCUGUGUGUUCCGUGAGAGUCAGUCAACAAAUUCACCAAGAAUUGGAGUACAAAAUCGAUCAAGAGUACUUCUGGACGGAUAGUAAGGUAAUACUUGGAUACAUCGCGAAUGAAAGCAGGCGUUUCCACGUGUUUGUCGCUAAUAGAGCGCAAGAAAUUCAAGAAAGCACCCAAAUYGAGCAAUGGAGAUAUAUCGAAUCCCAAGAGAAUCCUGCUGACGAAGCCUCUAGAGGAAUGACCGCGCAAGACCUGUCAAACUCUAGAUGGAUCAARGGACCAGCAUUUCUAUGGAACAAACAUGCUCAAAGGCUACUCAACAAUCAAGACAGCUAUACGCUUAGCAAAGAUGAUAAAGAGAUAAAGAAAUCCGUCGCUAUGGCAACCACAGCAACGGUGAAUGCAAUGGCUUAUCCAGGAUUUGCAGAAAGGAUAGAAUACUUCUCGGACUGGUAUCGCGCCAAGCUUUCAGUGGCAUUGUGCAUGCRCUACGUCAAGUGCCUGAAAGAGAGAGUCAACAAGAUGAAAUCUGAAAGAACUGCAGAAGAUCUAAGAAUAAGCGACCUCGAAGUAGCAGAACAGGUCAUUAUUCRUGAAGUUCAGAAGAAAGCAUUCAAAGAAGAGCUAAGCACACUAGAGAAGGCCAAUCGUCAAGACAGCAGCAUCAGUCAAGGACUUGUCGCUACAAAGGAGCAUAGUUCACUGUAUAAGCUCGACCCAUUUGUAGAUGAAACCGGCAUCCUGCGGGUUGGCGGACGCCUCAGACAUGCUGACCUCCCAGACAAGAUCAAGUUUCCAGUUAUUUUACCACGUAAAAGUCAUGUUACAGCGCUACUUAUCAAGCAUUUUCAUGAACGUACAAGUCAUCAAGGAAAGGGAAUGACCCUCAAUGAAAUACGUUCAAAUGGAUUCUGGGUAAUAGGUGGAUCCUCAGCGGUCGGUAAUGCAAUCUUGUCCUGCGUUAAGUGUCGGAAAAUGCGCGGAACUGUACAAGAACAAAGAAUGUCAGAUUUACCCAAGGAUCGCGUGGAAAGUGCUCCCCCAUUCACYUACUGUGCUGUAGACUACUUUGGCCCCUUUAUGAUUAAGGAAAGACGCAAAGAACUGAAGCGCUACGGAGUGCUUUUCACAUGUAUGGCUUCGAGAGCCAUACACUUGGAGACAGCAAAUUCCUUAGAAACGGAUUCUUUCAUCAACGCUCUGAGGCGGUUCAUCAGUCGGCGAGGACCAUUACGGCAGCUUAGAAGUGAUCAAGGAACGAACUUUGUGGGUGCUCGCAGAGAACUGUUGGAAGCCCUAGAAGAGAUGGACCAUAAGAAAAUAAAAGCAGAGCUACAGAAGAAUCAAUGCGAUUGGUUCUCCUUCAAAAUGAAUGUACCAGCUGCGAGCCACAUGGGAGGAGUGUGGGAGCGCCAAAUACGAUCUGUGCGCAGUGCACUCUCUUCCCUGUUGCAGAACAGUGGCACUCAACUGGACGACGAAUCUCUUCGAACGCUGAUGUGCGAAGCUGAAGCAAUCGUCAACAGCCGCCCCCUCACG